AUGUUACUCACGAUCAGAACCACAGGGCAUUUCGCUUCUGGCUUAUUUUUACGAAAAGCCGGUUGUGAUAGACAUGCAGAUUCCAACGAGAUAGUCGCUGAUUUGUGUGUUGAUCAAGCAACAUUUGAUGAUUGCGUGGAUGGCCGAAUUGACGGGCUUGCUGACGCGGGCCAGCAAGAUCAGAAGCAAGAGUUUUGGGGCCAAAUGAUCAAACGUGUUGAGAAUCUAAUGCACCACCUUUUGCCACGCCGUUUUCUUCCGCUUUCACUGAAGGAGGCAGAGACUGAAUUUUUGACCUACCAGCAGCAUAGUCUGCCGGGGAUUGAAGAGGAGGCAUGA